AUGGUGGCAAGAGACAUCUUUUUGCAGUACAGACCUUUCAUAACAGAGCCAAAAAACUACUACGAGGCUCACUACCAUGAAAUAUUGGCUUCAGCACUUUUUUACCAUGUGCUAUAUCUAUCCAGUCCCGUGAUAUCCAAGGCUUUGUUUGGAGACAACUACAGAUCCUUGUCAAGGAAGGGAAAGAAGAAUUUUGAUAUCCACAUUGUCUCCAUGGUGCAAUGCUUGAUCUCAAUAGCUGUGAUUAUUCCAUUAUACGGUAAUGAAUACUUAGCAGAAGACCCGAUAUUCCACUACUUGCCUUAUGCCGGGUUUGUCAGCGCAAUUACAAUUGGUUAUUUCAUUUGGGAUUUAUAUAUCUGCUUGAGAUAUUUCAAAAUGUUUGGUAUUGGCUUCUUGAUUCAUGCUUUUGCCUCAUUAUUUGUGUUUUGUCAAACUUUAAGACCUUUUUGUUUAGCUUGGGUUGCCGGUUUCUUAAGUUUUGAGCUAUCAACUCCAUUUGUUAAUGUCAAUUGGUUCGUUAGUAAAUUACCAGCUGGCACUGUUCCAUUUUAUAUCCAAGCUAUCAAUGGAUUAUUAUUAAUGAUAACUUUUUUCAUUGUUAGAAUCAUUUGGGGGUUCUAUGCUAUUUAUAAAGUUAGCGGACAAUUAUAUGCAGUGAAAGAUCGAUUACCAUUAUGGUUACCACUUAUUAUUGUUGGAUUAAACUUUGGAUUAGAUGCUUUGAAUGUUUAUUGGUUCAAAAAGAUGGUUGCAAUUGCUGCAAAGAAGUUUUCUGGUUCUUCAUCUCAAAAGAAGGUUGAAUAG